AUGCACGACAUCCAAGCACUUCAAUCGAUUGGAGGUCUCGAAUUUGGUCGCGAGAAAACGCGUCACCUGUCUCGGGAAGAAUGGAUUUCAGCAUGGAACGAAGCCGUCGUGCGUGACAAACACGGUUACGAACGAUUGAUUUUUGACUUCGAAAGUGAAGUGGAAAACCAUAUGACAAGCUUAAUAACUUACCAUUUAUAUAAGUGCCCACCACCACUCUCGCCUUCACCACCAAUCAUCACAAUAUGA